AUGUCGGAAAAAUCCAGGCCAUUGUCCAAAGAAUUGUCGCCAGACGACUUCUCGCAAGCGACAGACACUGUGCUGAAGGAUUCCAAAGGCGCAGGUGUGCACAACAUCGAAAUAUACGCACAACAAUAUCAACAUAUCGGAUACCGCAUAGCGCUGUUUUUCUCCAUUUUCCUGGUCGCAUACGCCUAUGGACUCGAUGGAUCCGUGAGAUACACGUUACAAUCUUAUGCGACUUCGUCUUAUUCCCAACACUCUUUGUUGGCCGCUGUUAACUGUAUCAAGGCCGUCAUCGCCGCAGGCGGCCAAAUCUGUUUUGCCAGAGCAUCCGACAUUUUUGGUAGAGUCACUAUUUUGAUUGUAUCCAUUGUUUUCUAUGCAAUGGGCACCAUCAUUGAAUGCCAAGCGACCAACGUCUCUCGUUUUGCCGCAGGUGCAUGUUUUUACCAACUCGGAUAUACGGGUAUCAUUUUGAUCCUGGAAAUCAUCGCCAUGGAUUUCUCGAAUUUGAACUGGAGACUUUUGGCCUCGUUUGUUCCCGCGUUGCCCUUCAUUAUCAACACCUGGAUUUCUGGUGAUGUCGUUCAAGCCAUUGGUAUGAACUGGAAAUGGGGGAUUGGAAUGUGGGCCUUCAUCUUCCCACUAUCGUGUAUCCCGUUACUCGGCUGUCUGCUCCAUAUGCGUUACUUGGCUCACAAGAAUGCGCCUCAGGAUUUGAAGCCAGAAUUGCAAAUUGUCAAACAGAUGUCCUGGUCAAAAUAUUUGAUAGAGAUCUUUGUCCAUAAGCUCGACAUCUUGGGGUUGAUCUUACUGUGCGUGGCUUUCGGAUGUAUUUUGGUCCCCUUCACAUUGGCCGGUGGCCUCAAAUCCAAGUGGAAAACCGCGUCCAUCAUUGUCCCCGAAGUUAUCGGAUGGUGUGUCGCUGCUCCUUUGUAUCUGGUUUGGGAAUACAAGUUCGCUCGCCAUCCGGUGACACCUUGGUCCGUGAUCAAAGACAGGGGCAUCUACGCGGCCAUCAUCAUUGCCUUCCAUAUCAACUUUUGCUGGUACAUGCAAGGCGAUUAUAUGUACACUGUUCUGGUCGUGGCCGUCGAUGAGAGCGCCAAAUCUGCUACGAGAAUCACUUCGCUUUACUCUUUCGUCUCGGUGAUUACCGGAACUAUUCUAGGAUUUGUUGUCGUUAAAGUCAGGAGAACGAAACGCUUCAUUUUAUUUGGUAUUGGAUGUUGGUUCAUUGCAUUUGGUUUGUUGGUUCAUUUCAGAGGCGGUCCUGUCUCGCACUCUGGUGUCAUCGGCUCCCUGUGUCUCCUGGGUUUCGGUGCAGGUUUCUUCACUUACACGACACAGGCAUCCAUCCAAGCAUCUACCACAAGUCACAGUAACAUGGCCGUGAUUACAGCAUUAUAUUUGGCCGUCUAUAAUAUUGGAUCUGCCGUGGGCGCUGCCGUGUCGGGCGCCGUUUGGAUGAACGUUCUUCCACAAGAAUUGGCCAAGAAUUUAAAAAACAGCGAACUUGUUAGCCAGGCAUAUUCGGAACCUUUCACGUUUAUCUUGAAGUAUACUUGGAUGACCGUUGAGAGGCAAGCUGUAAUGAGAGCUUACCGGUACGUCCAGAAGAUUCUGUGCAUCGUUGGUCUAUGUUUCUGUGUGCCACUUUUGACAGCGGCUUUUCUACUGAGAGACCGGAAACUGGAAAACGUCGUGGCUCUUGAAGAUCUAGAGAAACGCGAUAAGAAAGAAGCAGAUAGCAGUCAAGAAAGCUCUCUUUGA